GAACGAUCCUACCUACUCCAAUUUGAAUGCAUGAAUUUGAAAAUCAGAUCAAACCAAUAACAAAAGGGAGCGCGGCAAUUAUGGAAUCGAAUCUUUCUCGUUUUGUUUUUUUGUUGAGAAUUUGCGUGUUUGAGAGAGAUCGAGUAUGUCGCAGAGCAAUGGGCCUGAUUUCAACCUACCUGAUGAGAUUUUGGCGGUGAUUCCAACGGAUCCAUACGAUCAGCUCGAUCUUGCGCGAAAAAUCACCUCCAUGGCGAUUGCCUCUCGUGUGUCGAAUCUUGAAGCAGACAUGGUAAGGAUGAAGCAAAAGCUUAACGAGAAGGAAAUAACCAUCUACGACCUGCAAAAGAAGUUGUCUCACCUCGAGCACGCGAACCAGGAAGCUGAAUCUAGGUUGAAGAUCGCGCUUGAUGAUAAUACGAGGCUUUCCAUGGAAAGGGAUGCACUAUCAAUGACUUCAAAGAAACUUGGACGUGAUUUGGCAAAGCUGGAGACGUUUAAGCGACAACUUAUGCUAUCAUUGAAUGAUGAAUCCUCUCAAACAGAAACUGUUGAUAUUGGGACCUGUGAUCAAGCAGUUCCUAAAGCAUAUACUGAUAAGGACGAGGUAACUGAUGGACACGCCACACGUUCUUUCAGUGGUUCUACGGAGACGAGAAACACAAUAGAUGAAGGAAAACAUCUUGGACAAAGAUUUUCAUCGCUGCAUAUCACCCCAAGGUUCACUCCAUCUGCGACUCCAAAAACUACUUCAAAGAGUGUAUCCCCCAGAGGGUAUUCCUCCGUUGCUUCGCCACAGAUAACAUCUGGUUCAACUUCUCCAACAAAACUCUCAUAUGAUGGACGAAUCGCACUAUCUCCAUGGUACCCGUCAAGCCAGCAGUCUUCAGCAGCAAGUUCUCCUCCUCGUUCUCGUCCACUGGCCGGUCGCCCUGCUCGAGUCGAUGGCAAGGAAUUUUUCCGCCUUGCCAGGAGUCGUCUGUCAUACGAGCAGUUUAGUGCCUUCCUUUCAAACAUAAAAGAACUCAAUUCUCAAAAGCAGACUAGAGAGGAAACUUUAAGAAAAGCAGAAGAGAUAUUUGGGACAGAUAACAAAGAUCUUUUUCUGUCAUUUCAAGGAUUGCUUAACCGCAAUAUUCACUAGGCCUCUCUCUAGUAGAUAUUGUUUACAAUCACACAUGAUCUCUCCUUGUAGAUUAUUAGAGAGAAAAUUCACAAUGUUUGUUCUCAACGGCUGCUUGCUCGCUCCGAAGACGUAUGUAUGCUGCAUGCAGGCUCACACUCGCAAUGUUUUUGUAAAAUAUCAAACCUCUUGUAGUUGAAACUUCUUUUUCUAUGGAAAUAUUGACUUCGGUUUUUAGAAAA